CUGUGCAUGCAGUCAGGUUAACUUAUGUGUUUAUGGCUAUUUGUGAAAUAUUGGACCUUUAGUCUUUGCAUUAAUGGAUGACGUAAUAUUGACACAAGCAGUGUAAAGCCUAUGCUUGUUCAAGUCAGGCGCAGAAAAAAUAGCAGAGAGAGCAAGGCCCAUGAAGACAAGGAUUUUUAGAGACAUUUUCUCUGCGUAGAAAGUGUCCGCCAUGUUGCGGGUGUGUGAGAAACUCCGUGAGUUGGACAUGAAGGGCAGGAGGUACGGCCUAGCCCGGGCGGAGACAGGCUACCUCCGUGCCCUGGUGGACGCCAUGGCCGACACGGACAGGCUGGCAGAAGUGGAGCUGCUCAAAACUCUGGGCGACGUGAACGUGGAGAAGGGAAGAAUCAGGAAGGACAUGGGGAAGUUCAACACGGCCUUGGCGCUUUAUCUGGCUGCUAUGGUUAGGUGUUACCAUGAAGAACAGGCAGAUGGUAUAGAACACCGCUACCACUACACGGAGAGGCUUUUACAAGGGGUGUCGUCACAGGGUAAGGAACAGCCAACUGAAGACAAGGGGACAACUUCACCUGCUAAGGUUGCAGAAAAAUUUCAAGCCCUGGACAAGAGACAGGCUACGGGAGGUAACACAGACUCUUUGCUGGUUGGAUACGCACAGGUGAUGGUAGAGGCGAUAGUAAACGACAACAGCAUGUUAGAAACAGAAGCGAUCAAGAGUCUGGGUGACGUGUACCUGAAAAGAGGAACAGAAACUGGAGACACUAGAGACCUGACCAGAGCUACUGCUCUGUACAACAGGGCACUGGCGCGGUGUCACAACGUUCAUGGAACAGUUGUCAUUGUUCACCGCUUACUGCACACAGCAAAAAUCAGGCAAGACAUCACCACUACAAGAAACAAGAGGCCAACACGUUUGCAACGACAACAAGACGUGAGAGGACGGAAGGGCCACGUCUCUCCCUUCUCAGCUGCGCCCUCCAGAGGCAGAACCACCAGUCAAGUUGACGACAUAUCCUACCGCAGGUACAUCCAAAUGGCAGACCGUGCAAAUGGAGAUCUGGACGCAGCAGAACAGAACCUAGCAGCUGCUCUGAAGCUUGUUCAUGAUCGCAGUAAACCCAACAAGGCUAAAGAAGCCGACUGUCUGUGCAGGUUGGGUGACGUCUACGUUGAGCGAGGUAAGCGGACAGGAGAAGGUAGGAAAUUCACACAGGCGGCAGCUCUGUAUAACGCCUCCAUGGCCAGAACAGAUGGAGACAAACAAAACAUGGUAACAAGACUACAAGAAACAGAGAGGCAGUUUCUUAAAAACACCUGUAACCUAGACUGUGAACCAUGCCCGUAUAGCAGUGCGUUAGAUCACAGAAAGGAACUUGACAACUUGUGUGGCCGUGCAAAAUCUCAGCUUGACACAAUUCAUCGGGAACACAACCCUUAUCAGUAUGAUGAAGACGAUCCUGUUGUGAGAGAGGUAGAGAUCAAACGAGCUGAAGCAAUCAAGAACUUGUUCAAGAGCAUCACAGUUGAUAGACAAGGGUUUAUCCAAGUACUGACAGAUGAAUGCAUCGCCAAACUCGGACCUCCUCCCUGUAAGUACGCUUUCAUUGGGAUGGGGUCACAGGCCACAGAACUGGUGACGCCGUACUCCGACCUGGAGUUCACCAUUCUGAUUGAGGAGGGGAAGGAGGAUGAUGAUGAUACGCGGAGGUACUUCCUAAACCUCACGCACUACUUACAUCUAAAAGUCAUCAACCUUGGGGAAACUAUCCUCCCAGCCAUGGCCAUCCCGUCACUCAACGACUUUCUCUCAGAAGAUCCAGAGAAAGAUUGGUUCUUUGACUCCGUCACACCUCGCGGCUUUGCUUUCGAUGGUUUCAUGCCAUGGGCUUCAAAGACUCCGUUUGGAAGAGACGAAACAAAAAGAAAACCUCCUGUUAGUCUCAUCCAGACUCCUGCCAAGUUGGCCGAAUAUCAGCAUCUGCACAUCACUCUGGCAGAAGGCUAUCAUCUGUCAGACAUCCUCAGACGGGUGACCUACUUAACAGGAGACGAGUCUUUGGUGAAUGAGUAUACAGACAGAGUCAACCAAAGCAUAGAUAGUUCCCCUGUGCUGUCACGGAUGUCAGCAAUUCUGAUACUGAAGGAUAACAUUCAGCAAAUAGAAAAUGUUGAACCAACAGGGGAACUUCUGAAUGUUAAGAAAGAAAUCUACCGUUUUCCCAGUGUGGCCAUUGAUGUGUUGAGUAUUUGCUGCGGUAUCACGAUCCCCAGUGUGUGGGAAAUGAUAGAAGAGUUACACAAGACACAGCGGAUCAGUCACAAAGAUGCCCACCACUUGACUGUACUGAUCAGCAUCUCAGCGGAGCUACGGUUAAGAACGUACCUGGCCAACGGAGGACAGAAGGACAGACUGUCUCCACUCACAGAGAUGAAAAAUUCCAAACUGGACAGGCAUGACGUAGACGACACUUUCGUUCAGUCAGUUUUCUAUAUACCAGACUCAAAAAUGCUGUUUAGGUACUACUAUACUGCUAUUCCACUAAAAAAAUGCAUUGUAGAUACAGUUGCAAAGGAAAAUACAACAACAAAGCUAUUUCCAACAGCCAUCUUUGACACCUCAUCUCUAACAAAAGGCAGAAUAACACGAGAGUUGUUGCAGUUAGAUGCAUCCGUACAGCACUUGGAUGUAGCACUGGAAGAGGCAGGCAGUGACGAGGAAAAACAGUUUGAAAUACUUUUUGAAUUAGGCCAUGUCACUUACAUGUGUGGUGACUAUGAGAAAGCGAUCAUUUACUUCCAACGGGCACUUAGUGUUGGAAAUACAUGUACUAGUUAUGAAGACACCAAAGUGCAUCACAACAUUAAUAUUGCUGCAUUACUUGCAAACAUUGGGGUAUGUUGGAGUGACCUUGGUGAUCAGACAAAAGCCAUCAGUUAUCACGAACAGUCACUGAAGAUGACGAAAGCUAUCUAUGGCGAAACAAAGCCACAUCCCGACAUUGCUUCAUCACUGAACAACAUUGGGACAUGUUGGAGUAAGCUUGGUGAUAAGAGGAAAGCUAUUUGGUAUCAUGAACAGUCACUGAAGAUGAGGAAAGCUAUCUAUGGGGAAACAACGCCACAUCCUGACAUUGCUUCAUCACUACACAACAUUGGGACAUGUUGGAGUGACCUUGGCGAUCGGAGGAAAGCUAUUUGGUAUCAUGAACAGUCACUGAAGAUGAAGAAAGCUAUCUAUGGUGAAACAACAGAACAUCCCGGCAUUGCUUCAUCACUAAAUAACAUUGGGGAAUGUUGGAGUGACCUUGGCGAUCAGAGGAAAGCUAUCAGUUAUUAUGAACAGUCACUGAAGAUGAGGAAAGCUAUCUAUGGUGAAACAAUGCCACAUCCCGGCAUUGCUUUAUCACUAAACAACAUUGGGGCAUGUUGGAGUAAGCUUGGCGAUCAGAGGAAAGCUAUGAGUUAUUACGAACAGUCACUGGAGAUGAGGAAAGCCAUCUAUGGUGAAACAACGCCACAUCCCGACAUUGCUGGGUCACUAAACAACAUUGGGACAUGUUGGACUAAGCUUGGCGAUCAGAGGAAAGCUAUCAGUUAUUAUGAACAGUCACUGGAAAUGAAGAAAGCUAUCUAUGGCAAAACAACGCCACAUCCCGACAUUGCUUCAUCACUAAACAACAUUGGGGCAUGUUGGACUGAGCUUGGCGAUCAGAGGAAAGCUAUUUUAUAUCAUGAACAGUCACUGAAGAUGAAGAAAGCUAUCUAUGGGGAAACAAAACCACAUCCCGACAUUGCUUUAUCACUAAACAACAUUGGGGCAAGUUGGAGUGAACUUGGCGAACAAAAGAAAGCUAUCAGUUAUUACGAACAGUCACUGAACAUGAGGAAAGCUAUAUAUGGGGAAACAACGCCACAUCCCGACAUUGCUUCAUCACUAAACAGUAUUGGUAAUAUUGGAGUGACCUUGGCGAUCAGAGGAAAGCUAUCAAUUAUUAUGAACAGUCACUGA